GCGCGUGUGGAGUCAUCGUCUCUCUUGCUCACUUUCCCUUUCUUGUGAUUUUUUUAUUCAUUUCAUUUUUGAUCUCUCUCAAUCUCACCGCAUUUGUGUACAGUGGCAAACAGUGGACAGCAUCGCUGCGACGACGAUAGGAUUUUUUUUCCUCAAGUGACGUAGUCACAGUCCCGUGAAACUCGAUGUGAAUGAUGCUCUAAUAAUAUAUCUAUUUCGUAAUAACCACAGAUAACGUGAUACGGUAUGUACUCGAGCGUGUUAUUGCUCGGGCUGUUUACGGCUUUCGCCAGUUCCGAGAUUAUUCAAGUGUCCGAGGUUUUCGUGAUUCCGGUAGGCCCCGAUUUGUUCGAUUGGAGCGUUGAUUCCAAACGUGCGGAGUAUUCUUAUCAAGCUUCGCUUCUCAAUGCUCCUGAUUUGCCAUCAUGGAUUCAUUACACUUACAGCAAAAGACACAGACAGGGAUUCCUGUAUGGAGUUGCUCCGAAAGGCCAGCAAGAUUUCCAACUGGAAAUUGUUGGCCUUAACAAACAGACGUACGAGACUGCAUACAAAGUGCUUGACAUGAGUGUCAGAGAUCGAGAAAAUAUUACCAAGUAUGAGGUUCAGGUUAAAAUUGACAACCUUAAUGUGGAAGAUGCUUUCGAUCGACGCAGAUUAGAAAGACUGCUUGAUGUAUUCAGGAAUGUUCUUUGGGUCGAGGCAAAAGACAUUUAUCUUACUUUCUUAGCUUCUGCUGUGGAAUUUGGUGCUAGGUUGCCUUUGGAUCCAGAAGAGCCCGAAGGGGUCGUCAUCAGACUCGGCAGCACUGUUCCUUUCUCUAAUGACCUCAACGAGUUUCAGGAAGAGAUCAAGCCUCUCUGGAGAAGGUCUCCGUGUCCUCGUGAUUUCAAGAAAACUACCCGUGAACGAGUUUUUCGAGAGGCUGGAUUUCUUUUGGAUUGGUGUCUUUUUCAUUUGAUCGAGGAUAACCAGAGUCCUUAUCAAGAGAGCGCCAGACGAGGUCCCAGCAUGAAUGUAAUCAGUAGACCAUCUUCCGUGAUUUCUGAGCACUCGGAAUGGCGAUGGGCAAGACCGAACAAAGCGGAUAUACCAACGCGAAGUUACAUGAAAGAAAUAGCAACAACGGUUUUUAUUCCAGCUGCACUUCUACUAAUGCUCGCAGGUUUACUCAGUACCGGACUUUGUCUUCAUCAUGAAAAAAUGAAAGAUCCCGAGUCGGAGUUAUACUUUUACGAGCUCUUUAAUAUUUUUCGGGCCGAAACUCGCGAAAGUCAAAAGCGGGAACCAUCGCCUGUGGAAGGGGUGUCCAACAAUGGGGUCCAGAUGGUCCAGUAUGCGACCUCCGAACGAGGAACUCUUCGAUCUCUCUCCGCCAAGCCACCAAGCCCGAGCAAUUCUUUGCUAAGAAGUCCCAGAGCCACGGAUGAUCGCUGCAACCCGUACAUCCGGCCGAAUCCACCACCUUACACCGGACCGAGCAACAUUAGUACGGGUCUCCGUGUGAAUUUCUGACUACACGAGGAGCCAGCCAAGACGUGGUUUUGCUGAGGAAUCGCCUACUUGGGAAGAGCCGAAAUACACGAGUGCAUAGCGCCAAUUACAGCCCGUUGUAUUUAUCUCGAAGACUGGCUCCGUCAAAGCAUCUCAUUUCAUUAUUACGAGCACAAUAUUAAUCGGUAGAGAAAGCUCGUAUUCAGUGUAAAAUUUCUGAAAUUAUUUUUUUUGAAAAAUAUGAAAAUCACCACCGAGGCAAAAUUACUUCGUAAUAUUGUAUGUUCAUUUGCCAGGAGUAAUUUUCCUCGAACGCUUCGAAAAAAAAGCAUUGAACAAUAUUGUAAUGUAUCCUUGAUAUUUCGCUUUAACGAUUCGUUCUAAUAAUAAUGAGUGCAGGAACGUAAUUGAAAAAUUAACCAAAUUUUUUAUGCAACAUUAAAAGUGUAUGCAUUAUUUGCAACAAAUACUAAUUCUCAAACGGUAAAAAAAAAAAUAGUUUCCGGAAUCGUUAGCUACUCUCACGAAAUAGUGAAAAAAUCAAUAAUAAAUAUUAAUAUCAAUGAAUAAUGAAAAAGUACACGAAUAAAGGUUCAUUCGUUCAGUCA